AUGACUCGGGAGCUGCCCAACAGGAUCCCGAGCCCAUGCACCAUGCCAUCCUGCCACGCUGCCAUCAUCUCCCUGCUGCUGAUCCUGACGGCUUCCCCACGCUGGAGCUACGAGGCCAUCGGGCCCGGCUGCCAUCUGCACCCAUUUGAUGUAACCAUCAAGAGCGACCGCCGUGGGACCUGCCGUGGGACCCAUAUGGUCCAGGCCUGUGUGGGCUACUGCGAAUCCAGCGCCUUCCCCUCCAAGUACUCCGUCCUGCUGGCCAGCAGCUUCAAACACAACGUCACCUCUGUGUCCCAGUGCUGCACCAUCAGCAAGAUGCAGAAGAUCAAAGUCCGCCUGCAUUGCGGGGCCAUCCGCCACGAAGAGAUAGAGAUCUUCACUGCCACGAGCUGCCAGUGCGACAUGUGCCGUCUCUCCCGAUACUGA